UUAGUAUGGAAGCAAGACUUACGAAUUAUGCCGCUGUCUGCUUUCAUAUAUCUGCUAUGCUAUCUUGAUCGAUCGAAUAUCGGCAACGCCAAGGUGUUAAAUGCAUCUACGAACGACGAUCUUCUCACUGAAACACAUAUGAGCAAUUCUCAAUACACAAUUGCAUUAAUGGUGUUCUUGAUCGCGUAUGCAAUCUUUGAAGUUCCAUCGAACUACUUGCUGAAAAAGUUGCGACCGAGUCGAUGGAUUGCCUUUCUGAUGCUUGCUUGGGGUGCCAUCACAAUGGGCCUUGGUGGCUCUCACACCUUCGGCCAGGUUACCGGAAUCCGCUUUCUCUUAGGUGCCGUCGAAGCUGGACUAUUCCCUGGCCUCGUUUACUACCUGACCUUCUGGUAUCGGGUUUCGGAACGCUCAAUCCGAGUCGCAUUAAUAUUGGCUUCCGCUACCCUAGCCGGUGCAUUUGGUGGCGCAAUAGCAUAUGGCGUGGGCCAUCUUAACGGAUCACAUGGCCUAUCGGCAUGGCGAUGGCUGUUCAUUAUCGAAGGCGCGCCGUCGUGUACAUCGGCGAUUCUAGUUUGGUUCUUACUACCGGAUUACCCGGAAACAGUGCACUGGUUAACCACCGAAGAGCGAGAUCUAGCGAAAAGGAGGCUCAGUGUGGAAGGAUCAAAGGCGGAUGCAAAAGGAAUGACAUGGGCGGACUCGAAAAAUGCUCUUACAGACUGGCGGCUGUAUGUGCAUUACGCGAUUUACUUCGGUAUAUCCACGCCCUUCUCAAGCCUUUCCUUAUUUACACCCUCAAUUACGGCCGGUUUAGGAUACGAGAAUCUGCGCGCACAAUUGAUGACUGUUCCCCCUUACGCCGUUGCUUAUGUUGUGACGGUAGCAGUUUCAUGGUCGGCGGAUCACUUCAAUGCCCGCGGAUUGCAUUCAGCAGUAUUCUCAUUCAUCGGCGCUAUGGGCUUCCUCGCCUCCGCCGUCUUGCCCGCAGAUGCAUAUCUUAGUCGAUACGGUUGCUUAAUAGUUGCUGCCAGUGGUGCAUUUUCAUGUAUCCCACCCCUUCUCGGCUGGCUCUCCUCAAAUGUCCAUUCCACCGGCACUGCCGGGCUGGUAAUUGCGCUGAACAUAUCUUUUGGUGCACCGGGCCAAAUUGCUGGGGUUUGGAUAUACAAAUCCAAUGAAGCAAAGCGAGGUUAUCCUACAGGUCACUGGACGAAUGCCGGAUUGCUGUUAUUUGUUUGUGUUGGAUGUGUUGGGUUGCAUUUUUACUACAUGUUGCGAAAUCGGACGUUACGUGGUGUCGAAGGGGCUAAACGAUACGUUUAUUAA